CACCCCCGCGGGACCAGCAGGGAUGUUGUUGUCGUCGGAGUCGCUCUCCUGCCGACGUCAUGGACCCUCUCGACUUGGGACCUGAGUUUAUAAGAACGGAUCAAGUCACCGAUCUCUGGUCAUUCUUACAGACGAUUGACUGGAGUGAAGGAUGGCUAAUGGGUUUAGUAGUAUUCCACAUCUUCCUCACAACAUUCACAGUUAUGACUCGAAAUCACCACACAACCCAAGCUGUCCUCUUUUUCCUUUUGCUACUCACUGUGCGUUCCUCAGAGACCAUUAACCAAUAUGCGGCAAAAAAUUGGCAGUCUUUCAGCCGUCAGCAGUACUUUGACUCUCAAGGCCUAUUCAUCAGUGUUGUCUUCUCCAUGCCUGUUCUCUUUAAUUGCAUGAUGAUGGUGAUAAACUGGUUAUGGUUAAGCAGCAACAUGAUGGUUACCUAUAAGAGAGUGGAACUAGAGGCAAAACUUCGCAAUGACUCACGAAGGCGAAGCGAAUCACAAAGAAGUGAAUCAAACAGAGGUGAGGCGGCUUCUGAACAAGCAGACGAAAGCAAGAAGAGCAAAUGAGGACUAGUAUAUGGUUUAUUAUGAGGAUGUGGUUAGUUUUGAGAGUGGUUGGAUAUAUAGCUACAAGUGUGCAGGUCAGCAGUCACAAUUUAUUUCCAUGGAUCUUAAGGUUUGGCUUAAAUUACAUAGAAACAAAACUUCUGUGAAAUAUAUUCUGCAUAAUAUAUAGAUUAUUAGCUUAAAUCAUAUAUAAACAUUAUUAUGCAUAUGAUAAAGGGUGUAAUACUUACAAAUGCUAUACAUAUUUCAUUUUGAUUUCAAAUUGUUUAUAUUAUGGAAAUAUAGGAUGUGCAGUGAAUCAUAGCUUAAGAGUUGGUCUAAGAGAGAGUAUUCUGAAAUGAACGCUUUGUACACCUUGUCAUUUGUGUUACACUAGUAGAAAAAAAUAAUAAUAUGAUGUAUUAGCUAUAUUUAACUCUCUCUCUCUCUCUCUCUCUCUCUCUCUCUCUCUCUCUCUCUCUCUCUCUCUCUCUCUCUCUCUCUCUCUCUCUCUCUCUCUCUCUCUCUCUUUCUCUUUCUCUUUCUCUCCUUCUCUCUUUCUCUCACUCUUUCUUUUUUUUUUAAAGAAAUAUGAACUGAAAGAUAAAGUACCCAACUGCUAUAUGCUAUUGAUGAGUGAUUUAUUGAUAAGUAGUUUAUUAUGACGGUUUUCUUUCACAUGUGUGACACGUUUGAUUUACACGGUUUUAUUUUGGGGCUUAAACUUUCUACUCUGUACUUAAUUAUGCAUUUGUGUAAACUGUAGGAUCCACACCUUUCUUUGUGAAGAGAUGAUUUGAGUUUAGAUCAUUUUAUGUAUACUUUUUAAUGUUUCAUUAAUUACUAAUGAGGCUGCUUAAACUUGUAAGGAAUAUUUGUAUAUCAUAAGCAAGUAAUCAGAGGACCCUAAGGUUACCAGAGUUCAUAUUUCAAGGGACAGUAGAUCUAGUCAUUAUUAACUUUUGGAAGUAUUUUGAUUUUGUAUAUAAACUGUAAGGGGAAAAGGAGGCAAUCACAUUUCCUUACAGUGAUUAUUUGUAUUGCCAUGCACAUGUUCUUAAAGAUAAUGAAAUGCAAAAUUACUUGUGCCAUAGAUCAGUUUGGGAAUAGGAGGUUUUUCUUAUUGCCAGUUUGGAAAAUUUGUGGGUUCUGUUUGUCCUAUUCAGUGUGAUAUAAAGAAAACUAGUGUGAUACAUUUUCAUUGUCUUAAAGUGUUGGUAUUUUCCACAAAACAAACAUACAUCUACAUAUGCACAUACACAUUUACACUUCCAUUUUAUCUCCCCCUCCAUCACUUUCCAUGUCUUAAGUGAUGGCAUGGCCUGCACUAGGCACAUCCUGAUAUAUGUUUUUCUCUGCUUUAUUAUCCAUUAUUUCAUUUCAUAUGCAUGUGCAAGUGUUUAAGUAUUCUGUAUAGUAAUUUUCAUGCUGUAUUUGUAAUCAUAUUUAGGUUGGGUGUGCUUUUGUCAUCCUCAUCUAAAAGAGAAUAUAUGAUACAACUGUGAUAUCAAUAAAUGUAUGUUUCAUAAGCAUUCCUUUCCAUGCAGGAUUGAGCUUGGUGUAUAAAUCAGCCCAUUUUCGGUUACUAAUCCUUUCAGGUUCUUAACAUGUGGAUAGUAUAUAAAAAUCUUUUGAAGAAGCACUUUAAUUGUUUUUUCUGUAUUUGUGUUUUAACAAAAACACAAAAUCAGAAAUGGAAUUAAUUGUUUUUAAUAAUGGGUUCAAAUUAUUUGGUAUAAACCAAACCAUUUAAUAACUGUGCGUUUAAUGGUGUUUAGAUUACUUGGUGGCUGUUUUGGAUUUUGAGUAUAUAUCAUUUAAUCACUUGUUUUCAUAUAUAUUCUUAUUGUUCUGGAUUUUUGCAUAAAAAAGGAUAGAUCUUUAAUUAAGUUCUUAUUGAUAUGGUGGUGUUUGAAUAUUUUUUUUUUUACUUUAUAUGUUUGUAAGGAAGCAGCAGUGUAUGUUCUGUCUUAAUUUCUAUUUUUAGAUAGCUUAUAUAUGUUGCUUUUUUCUGGCCGAGUAAACAUACUUUACCAACUCUGUGACUAAAUCAUAGAUAAGUAAUCAUCUGCAGCUAUUCUGUGUUUGUAUUUCAUGCUUAUCUGUAUUUACAAGGCUGGGAUGGGAUUCUUUCUCAAAAAAUUUAAACAUUCCACCCUUUAAAGUCUUCCAUUUUCAAGUAGGUGCUGCUGAUAUUAGGCAAGUCAAACUUGUAACUGUGUAGCACAUAUCAUGCCAUUUUGAUAGGUGUGAGCUUAGUUUGCAGUCAUUAAUGUAACUGAUUUCACUCCUAUCUGGACAUUACAUAACUUUACUAUCAGAGGUAAGGAAUCAAUGACACUAAUUACUAAGAUGCUGAUUUAGUAAUUCAGAAUUCAGAAUUUCUGUUCGACAAAAACUGACACAAACUUACUCUCAAAGGAAAAGUUUUUCCCCUUCCAUAUUCAUUGUUAAUGUAAAAACACUAAAAGAACUGAAUACUUAUAGCAGUUCUUCAUAUAUUAUCACUAUAUCUUAUUACAAAGAUUUUUGUAGACACCCUGGAAUUACAAGACACACCUUUCAUCUAAGCUUUCUCUGGACUGUUGAUUCAGCUUAUAAAGAGAGAAAAAAAAAUGAAGUACUUAUUGCUGCACAAGCCAGGAUUCAAAAAAUGCACACAAUAACCAUAAAAGAACAUCCAUACAGCAAAUGGUCCUACAAGAGAUCUCAGGGCCUGUCUGGAGGUUUUCAUGAAAGUUGCAUAUCAUGGACAUUUUGAUAUAAAUGGAGAAGAAUAAGUAAAAUUCCAUUAUAUUUUAUAAAUGAAUGGAUAUCUCAAAGUGUAUCGUUCAGCAUCACUAAAGACCUAUAAGAGAUACAAGUGAGUUUGAAUGUUUGGCAUAUCUUUUUUCUGAACCAUCUGUGCCUUACAGGUGAAAGAGGUGUUAAAUUGCAUUGAAGAAAAUGAAAACAUUUUGAUGGAUAUUUGGGAUUAUAGUGUGU